AUGUAUCUAUCCAACAGUCUUUCAUCUCAAUCUGUAUACUUUCCAACCAUUUUAUGCAACUCUCCACAUCAAAACAAAACCAUUGUAAACCACAAUCUCCAAUAUUCUGCAUACGAAACCAAACACGAACCCCGAGUACUCAACUCAAACGACUUCAAUGAUCUAAUGAAUAGUGGGUCAGCUUUUGGAUCUCCUUUUCUCCAAGAUGAUUCGGUUCUUGACCGGAUUGACCAACAACUUCUGAACCGUGGUCAGGGGAAACCGGUUCCUGGUGGGUGGUGUUUGGGUGAGUCGGGUGAUGAGGCUUGUGGGAUUUGGGGUGAUGCUGAUGUUUUGAAGCCGGGUUUGGGUGCCAAAAGGUUAGAGGAACGUGUUGUUGAGUUGCUGUCUAAUGUCUAA